AUGGGAAAGAUCACCAAGACAAUGCAGCCCAAGCACAGGGAGACUCUGUCCCCUUGGCUCAAGGACUUUGUGCAAACUGCCUCUACCGUUUCUCUGCCACAACUCCCACAACUCCUCGACACAUUCCCUGUAGCGAGGUGGCCUCUGCCCCGUGGUGAUCUUUACCACUGGAUCCCUCUACUGAAUCGAUUCGACAACAUACUCGAGUGCUUCAACAAGGUCUACCACCUACACGAAGGCCCUCAGACACGUGAUUUCGGCUGCGAUGUCCUGCUUGGUCGUGGUACGCGUGUCGACGAGUACGGCUCGGAUGAGUGGGACGAGGAGAAACUGAGAACGCUGGGUUACGAAGAAUUUGGUGAUUCUCAGCUCGUACAGGCCGUCCUGCAAUUUACCAGGCGGCUGCUGAAUCACUGUGGAAAUCGGAGCAUCUAUGCCAGCAGCUCUCACCUGAACGACCUUUUGAACAGCACUUGUCUGUCGGUCAUUCAAGCGACCUUGGAGGUUGGAUUGGAGCUUGCACAGCGGUAUCAGGCAUCUGUGAAGCGCAUGACGCAACCUUCUCGUCAAGUCAGCAAUGCUCUGCUUGCCAACCACUACAAUAUUGAACUUGACCGUGUUCAACAAAUCGCACAAUCCUUUGUGAAGACCCCGAUCAUCACUCUGGCAGAUUCUUCUGCGCAUUCCACGCCAGCCUCCUCGGGCAAGGGCAAGGAGAAGGAUAAAGUCCAAUCCUCAGCCUCCAAGAACGCGGCCUCCAUGAUUGCCAAUGAUCUAGGGUCUGUGGUUUCAUCCGACGAGGGCUCAGACGGUCGUUGGAAGGGUUGGGGUGAUCUGAAGGUUGUCUACUACCCGAAGGUUGAUGGCGAGCCAGCGCCACAAGCAUCGAACGAUCGAAUCAAUGCGUCUGCUCCAAACACACCCACCCCUUUGCGACGUAGCACCACCAUUGGGACUCCGCACCAAACACCGCGCGGCGCCAGAGCUGCACAAAGCGCUGACGACACUCCUUCCCCAGCCCAGCACUCUCCGGCCGUGAAUGCUGAGGGGACCUCAAGUUCCAGUCAGAAGUCCGUUGAGAUUCCGCAGAGCAUCGUGUCCUCUUCAACAAUUUAUGACCUCUUGAAACGCACUCCUUCGGACAUGCCCAAGAACUCCCAGUACGAAUAUCUCAACCGCGCAAGAAUAUGCAAGGCUCUGCUCAAUGGUACAGAAGCUCGUCAGCGGGCCCUGGCCGUCCGGCUCCUGGCCAUUGCGAACUUGGCCUACAUACAUCCUGAGUUUGUGUUUUUAGAACAGGUUCUCAAGCAGGACAAUGACGAGCCCCGACGCUACCACCUGGUCUAUCAGUUGGUGGAGCUGAUCCACCCUUCAACACCUGGCCAGACGGCUGCUCCGCGUUCUUUGCAGCAGAUCGCACUCUCAUUACUGGAGGCCAUUUCCCACUUCAACGCGAAGUAUCAAGACGUGCUCUCGGCGCUGAAUGCCACAGUGAAUCAUGGAGUUCUCUUGUAUGUCAUCCGGAAGGCAGUUGCUGAGAUGAGUGAGGAAACCGAGCAACCCGGUGGCAGGUCGAUCGAGUUGGACGACUGGCGAGACAGCUUGUUUUCUCUCGCACUGCACCUUGCUAUGAAUGGGCGUGUCGGUGGCGAAAUGAUUAACGCUGGUUUCAUGGACGUCCUUGUAAGCAUCAUCAACAUGCGAACGACAGUGGCCGAACGGUUGCACAGCACAGCUGUUUCUUACGUGGAUGCGCUUGUGCUCAACUAUGCGCCUGCCGCAUUUAACUCGUUCGUCAGCGCCAACGGACUGGAUGCCAUUGCGCAGUUGAUGAUCGAUGCAACUUCUUCAGCCAAGAGUCUCGCCGAGGCUGGUGCUGGCACAAAACCCGAGUUCUACUCCAGUGUCGUGGAUUACGAGAUACCCUACGUCCAACAGCAGACUCUGAAGUGGUUGCUGAAGUUCAUUCACCAUAUCAUGAAUCCGGGCGCCUAUACUCAGAACACAAAUACUGAUCGACUGCUGAGGAACCUCGUUGACAAUUCGAAGCUUCUCGGAAGCUUACGAACUAUCAUGGAGAACACGAAGGCUUUUGGGUCGGUGGUGUGGACAAACUCCAUCAAUUUGUUGACCGACUUUAUCAACAACGAUCCCACCAGUUUUGCCGCUAUCUCUGAGACGGGCAUGGUCAAGAGUCUUCUGGAAUCCCUCACUGGCCGGGAGGUCUCUACAGAUCCAGCAGCCGAACGCAAAGACGAUGAUCCGCCGAGCGACGAGAAUGGUCCGCCUGCCGAGGAGUCGGUGGUCCUGCCUUCAGAUGAACGCCCACACCCUCCAAGCCAAGAAACGCUCCGAGCCCAGCGAGACGCACCGCUGGCUUGCGGAAUUCUGCCAUCUUCGGAAGCCACUGCGGUCAUCAUCCCUGUCAUCAACUCGAUUUGUCUCAACAAUGUUGGACUGCGGCUGGUAGCAUCUUCACGUGUUCUGGAGAGCUUUUUGGAGGUUUUCGAGAGCCCGGAACACGUGCGGAUUAUGGGCAUUGAUUCCGAUCUUGCUUACAACAUAGGACUUCAAUUUGACGAGCUCGCUCGACAUCACCCCGCUUUGAGACAGACGGUGGCGAACGCUGUUAUUGACAUGAUCUCAAGGAUCAAACACUUGGGCAUACUGAAAGCGGAAACCGCUGGUUGGGGAGCCAAGCUCUUUGCGACCGAUCUGGACGGGAAACUUGUUCAUGCCGAUGAGGGUCUGUUGCAAAAGGCUGGGGUCGAGGCGCCAUCAAAGAAGGGUAAAGAGGCAGCAACCUCGACUGAAGAUGUCGAAAUGACAGACAUUGCUGGACCCAUUCAAGACCUGACGUCCCAACAAUCAGACACUUCCCCCACCUCCAAGAACCCUGACAGCAUCACCGCCUACGUCAACGCUCUUGCGUCAUUCUUGAACGCAUACAUCAGUAAUUCCAGUUUGAGGACAUCUUUGACGAAGAGCGGUGGGAUUGAGUACCUGCUGGACAUUAUGGUUUUGCCGAGCCUGCCCCACGAAUUUGCAGAUUCUGCUGCCUUGGGAAUGCUGCAACAAGUUCUUGCCAACAUCAUCGAACAUGCUCCCGUCAUCGGCAUGCCCUCGUUGCUAAACCGCAUACAAGCCACCAUGUCGUCUCUGGAACCUUUGUUAACCAGCUCUCCAUCCCCGUCAUUCUUCCGACCCUUCGUGGAGCCUGGUGCCACUUUGAGACAAGACCAACCAGGUGUUUGGAAUGUCGAUCUUGUUCGCCAGGUAUCGAGCGGCACAAACGUUGCAAAAGCACUUUUGAACAUCCAAUCCCUUCUCAAGACUCUCUGGAGCUGCUUCCCUUUCCAAAGCCGGCAUUCAUCUGUUUCUCUACCCGCGGUCAACGUGUAUGAUCAUUUCUAUGCGGUGGUCAAGUCUUUGGGACCUUUGCUACGCGUCGUUCUCUCGGAAGAGAUAUCCCUGCUCACACUUGUGCCGCAGCACUGGACUGCGCGGAAGUUGGCGAACGUACGUCCUGGCAGUUCGAGUGAUCUUUUAAUGGGCGAGCAAGAUAUAUCACUCGCGCAGAUGCUUGGUGGUGCUGGUCUCGGUGUGCCCGUGGAUCAAUCAGACCCAAGCCGACAGAGCCGGCCCUCGACAGAGGAGCAAUCCACUGCUCAGUAUCAAAAUUAUCAGAUACUGAGGGUCCUGUUACAGUCACUCAUGCCAAGCGCUUAUUCUUUUUUCCAAACCCUGGGUAAAGCACUGAUGAGUCGCCGGGAGCGAGACAGCUACGCUAGAGCCAAACACAUGCAACUGGCUGACGCUCUCGCCGAGACGGUGUUGGAUCAGCUGGAGCCUUUCGUCGAUAAGGCUCUGACGAAGUCUGAGCUGCAAUAUUGCAUCAUUAUGUUGCACAUUGUUCACGAAAUGCUCGUCGACUCUGCUCGGCAUAGUGAUCGGCCUGGUUUCAGUGUAAUCGUACCUGUUCUCGACGCCUUCAAACAGCGGCGCGGUUUUGACGUCCUCAACAAGCUUCUCAACGUCUUCACAGAAGAGGUUACCAAGGAGCACGAAACAGAGGAAGCAUCAGCCACCGCUAAGCUCGCAUCCAUCGGGACCAAGAAAAUCCUCGAUCUGUACUCUGUGGUCGUGAAUGGCAAAAACCUUGCAGACUCUAUCCAGCACCUUAAUGUGGGCAGUCGAUCCUCAAGCAACCGGCAGAAUGAGUGGUUCCAGACCAUCAACCAGUUUGUCGUCGAGCUUCGAAUGUCGGUGCUGCCUACUGUCUCGAAGCUAUGGCGCUCGAAUCUGAUCGACAAAGCUUCCACAGACGUCGUCGGCAAAGUCGUAGACAUCCUCAAGACAAUAUGCCAAGCAGAGACCGAGGGCUCUGCGUGGCGCAGGAGUGAGCUGCCCAAGGCUGUACCUUUGUUCAAGCGAGAGCAAGCGACCUUUCCGUGGAACCUAUAUGCAGCUCAGACUACACGCUUGGCGGAAGAAUAUCCAGAGGACCUCGCUCGCGAGGCAGUAUACCGCGCCGUGGGAGUUCAGGAGAACGCGAGCGAGUACUGCAGGAUGCACGUGAAGGGACUUGCAGGAGAACGCAACUCGAUUCCCUCUGAGGAUGCUUUCCAGCUCACCUCACCAGCAGCGAACGGCUCAGCGAGCCAGACGCCCGCGUCCUCUCGCAGUUCUGACCUGCUAAGGGAAGCAAUGGUUGUGGACUCUGCCCCCGAACUAGCGCAGCUGAUAGGUGAAGCGCUCGUAGACCGUGGCGUCUCUUCCGAUUCCAGGGACAGUGAGGCUCCCGCUCAACCGGACGAGGACGAGUCUUCUUCCACUCCUGUGGCUGCUGCGACUGCAACCGCAUCAGAAAACACGGAGCAAGAACCUGCCGAUCGGCCGCUCGUGUCAAAAGAGGAUCUCGAUGCGGAGCGAGAGAAACUGCGAAAAGAUCUCAUUGACCGGUGCCUCGAUGUCAUAAGAGCACACCCUGACUCGGUAUUCGAGGUCUCUGAGCUAAUCAACGUUACAAUUGACCGCCCAGAUAGUGAGGAUGCUCGGGAGGAGGUUGGCGAGACUCUGGCGAAUGCAUUGAUGUCCUACGCCCUUGACGACGAGGAGAAGACUUCGAAUGGUCGGAGCAUAGCUGCAUAUGCUCACUUGCUAUCUUUGAUGCUCCAUGGCUCGCCUCGCUUCUUCAAAUCUACCGUCAAGACCCUUAAGGACAAUGUCUCGGAAUAUCUCAGCUUUUUGAAGGUGCCGCCAGGCAACUCCAACGAGGAGCUGCCUCCAUGGAUUCCUCACAUAUUGUUGAUAUUUGAAAUGCUUCUGGCGGAUGAUGCACAACCUGUGGAGGCAAAGUGGACUCCACCAGCCACUGAGAACGACAAGAUCGAGGAUCCAGUACUCCAGGCUAAAGAGCCAAUUAUCCCGGAGGCAGAGCGAGGCGUCUUGCUGGAAUCCGUCCUGGAGAUAUUGCCUCGUAUCGGCAAGAACGAGAACCUGGCGGUUGCGGUCCUCCGUGUCUUGGUGAUCCUCACACGGAGCCGGUCAGUGGCGAAAGUUGUAGGUGACAAGAGGAACCUCCAGCGUCUCUUCGUCAUGACGAAGCAGCUAUCUGGGCUGGGAUCCGCUCGCCUGAAAGACUCGACAGUUUCCGGAAAUGUAAUGACGGUUUUGAGACACGUUGUUGAGGACGAAGACACUCUUCGGCAGAUUAUGCGAAGCGAGAUUCGGAGGUACUUCGAGCAAAUGGGUCACAGGAACCCCCGAGCCAUCGACAUACCCACUUACACUCGAAGCCUUGCACAUGUCGCAUUGAGGUCGCCAGAAGUCUUUAUCGAGAUAACGAAUGAGACUGUCAGGCUUGGGCGGUUUCAAACAUCAAGCGAUCCUUCAGGGCCCACCACCAGAGGAGUCACCCUGGCGCUCAAGGAGAGACCCGGCGAAAAGCCACCAGCCUCGCUUCAAGUGAGCGAAUCAGUGGAGCCAGCUGUUCAGGCCACGGAGGAGCUCACCAUCAGCGAUGUCAAGCCAACUACUGAGCCCGCUGAUAAGGAGAUGACUGAUGUGGUCAAGUCCUCUCCAGCAGAGUCAAAACGACCUGUCGUCGAGAAUCCUGAUGGCGUGAUUCACUUCCUCCUCUGCGAGCUGCUCAACUACCGAGAGGUUGCCGACAAAGAGCCAACAGAUACCGUCAAGGAAUCGAUUGCACCUGGUGAUGAUCCUGGGGCUGCGAGUAAUGAGGCCACGCCUAUGGAGGAGCAAAACGCUGAGAACAAAGAUAAGAAGCCACCGAAGUCAUCGUUCAAGGCUGAAGAACACCCCAUCUUCGUCUACCGCUGUUUCUUGCUCCACUGCUUAGCCGAGCUGUUGCAGAGCUAUACGAGCAAGAAGAUGGAAUUCAUCAACUUCAAGCGUAACGCCCCGAUGUUCGCCAACACACCCGUCAAGCCUCGCUCAGGCGUCCUCAACUACCUACUCAAUGAUCUGCUUUGUACGAGCGGUCUCAGCUCUCCACAGGACAGCGUUGCCGCGAAGAAGAAGGCUGCGACUUCUGAGCAGGCACGCCAAGUGCUCGUGGCCUUGGUUGCUAAGACCAACGAGAGGCCAGUGGAUCGGAGUCGCGACCGCUUUGAUUAUGAUGAUGAUUCUGAUCUGCUUUUCGUCCGCAAGUGGGUUCUGGACAUGAUACUCCGGGCAUACAAGGACGCAUCCCUGCCGAGCGAACCUUUCGACGUGAGGUAUGCCAAGCUACUGUCCCUGGCUGAGCUCAUGAUCAACAUGAUGGGUGACAAGGCCGACUCGGCAAGUCCCCGUUUCUCAGACCACUCGGCGACCAGCCGCUCACACAUGCAGCUCAAGCGGUUGAUGUAUGAGAAGAGCUUCUUGCCAGCACUGACCUCAUCUAUUGCCGACAUUGACCUCACGUUUCCUGGCGUCAAGCGCACCAUCAAGUAUAUCCUCCGUGUCCUGCAGAUCAUGACAAGCACAGGGAUUGCCCUCAGCCAUGCCAACUUACUGCCGUCUGGUCCCCAAGACAACGUCGAGGAUGAAGUUUUAUCGGCUUCAUCGCUCUCCGACUUAGAAGACGACCGCGAAGAGACUCCUGACCUUUACCGCAACUCCGCUUUGGGCAUGCUCGAGGCUGGCCGUGAAGAAGACUUCGACGAGGAUUCCGACGAAGACGAGGACGAGGAGAUGUACGACGAAGAGUACCCCGACGAGCUUGACUAUGGUGAUGAAAUGUCCCAAGAUGGCGAGGAGGACGUCAGCGACGAUGAGGAGGAGCUUGGUGAAAUGGGUCAAAUUGAAGGCCUGCCAGGAGAUCCUGUUGGAGUCGAGGUCAUCAUGGACGAGGAUGAAGAUGAUGACGACGACGACGACGAGGAUAUGGAUGAGGACGAUGAGCUCAGCGACGACGACGACGAUGCUGACGACGACGAAGUCGGCUCAGAAGAUAUGGACGACAUCGAAGAUCGCAUCGAAAUCGUCGACGAGGAAGGAAACCCGAUUGAUGAUGAUGGCGGUUCUGGCUGGGAGAGCGAGACCGACGACGAGGAUGAAGGUGACGAGGACGGUGAGGGUCAAGCCUACGAAGAUGGAGUGCAUGACCUUGACGAGCUCGCCAACAUGCCCAAUCCGCUACAUGAGCUGCAAGAGCUGAUGCAGGAAGACCAUGCAGACGGACAUCAUCACCACCACAUCUUAGCUGAGGAAGGGUUCAAUUUCGGUGGCGACCGUUACGACGAAGAAGCCGAAGACGAUGAUGACGAAGACGAGCAAGUUGAUGUGGAUGACGACUACAUCUAUGAUUACCCAAGACCGGGAGAUGAGAUUGCUCCUCCAGCUAUGCCAGCCGGUCUAGGCUGGGAUGCUCUCGUUGUCGAACGCGGCCCUCCAAGGCCUCGCCGCAGUCCCUUCCCAGUUGGCCCCUUCGUCAUUGGCGGUGGACCUCGGGGCGGCGAUCCACUCGGUGUGAACCGCCGUACUGAUCCUGCAACAGACUUCCGUAGUUACUUCCGGAGCCGAGCCCCAGGACCAGCCGCCAACCAAGACGAUGGCCUCAAUCCUCUCCUCCGCCGAGGCGCCAGCAACGCUCGCGACGCUUCCCCUCGCCCACUUGGUUCAUCGGUGCAGAGAUUUGGUGGCUUGCAUAGCUUCCUCGACAGCCCUAUGAGCAUCCUGAGUGACCUUAUGGCGAAUUUGCCUCCUGGUAUCGCAGGAAGGACUCCUCAUCUAUCCUUCCAAAUUCAGGGUCCUGGCGGCCGCGGUGAGGUCCAAGAGUUCAGUAUUCCUCUCAGGGCUGGCCAGCACAGCCGUGACGUGCGGGCUGAGACCCGGCGUGAGGUGUACCAGGAGCCGCAGCAAGCAGUUGGGUUUGCUCCAGCCACGACUGAUCAGCGUUGGCUCGAUGAAGCUCGACUGGUCUUCGGUCACAUGAACCAGGAAAAGGCGACUAGGCUGAAUACCUACAUCUGGGCGAAGCUUACACCUUACGCUGCUGAGCAAGAGAAGAAAGCUAAGGCUGAGGAGACCGAGCGCCGGCGCAAAGAGGAAGAAGAGCGUCAAAAGCGACACGAAGAAGAGCGCAAAGCGCGGGAGGCCAAGGAGGCUGAGGAGAAGGCAGCACGAGAAAAGGCAGAGGCUGAAGAGCGCGAGCGUUUGGAGCGCGUGGCAGCCGAAGCAGCCGAAGCAGCAGCUCAGGCUGGCGCAGAAAAUGACGAGCUUUCCGCUGAAGGCUCUGAGAGCGCCGAGCCGCAGCCAAUGGAAGGCGUUGAGACGGCUGAGGACUCGCGACAGCCCGAACAAGAAGAAUCUGGACCUCCACAACCGCGGGUAGUUACGACAAUCCGAGGUGAAGAAGUCGAUGUCACCGAGCUCGGAAUCGACCCUGAGUAUCUUGCCGCUAUACCUGAAGAUCUGAGGGAGGAGGUCAUUGCGCAGACCGUCACUUCUCGACGCACGGAGGCUCGCGCAGCCGCAGCAGACAGCUCUGCUGGAGAGCAGGGCGAGGUCUUCCAAGAGUUCCUAGAUGCGCUCCCCGAGGAUAUACGGCACGAAAUCGUCCAGGCAGAGCGACAUGAACGUCGGCGGGCAGAGCGUGAGGCGCAACGGCGCCAGACCGCGACAAUUGGGCAGACUCCCGCGGCACAGGAUAUGGAUGCUGCAAGUAUCUUGGCGACCCUCCCUCCUGACCUUAGGCAGACGGUUCUCAUGGAGCAAGGCAACGAAAUUAUGGAUCAGCUGCCCCCAGAUCUGGCCGAAGAAGCUCGGGCUCUGGCGGAGCGAUACCACCGGACCACGACCACCAUGUUCCGCACACGUGAUGCGGUCCGCAACGCACCUGAACCCGCGACUGGAACCGAUAAUAAAGUGCAACGUCGCACCAUUGUUCAGAUGCUGGACAAGGCAGGUGUGGCAACACUCCUUCGCCUCAUGUUUGUGAGCCAGCAGGGCUCCAUCCGCAGCCACCUCUUCCGUGUGCUCGGUGACAUUUGCGAGAACCGUCAGAAUCGAUUCGAGGUCAUUGGCUCCCUUCUCCAAAUCCUUCAAUUCGGGAGCACCGACAUGGAGGCCGUCGAGCGCAGUUUCAGUUCCUUAUCUCUCAAGGCCAAGCAACCGAAAGACAAGGAGAAGGACAAGGACUUCAAGACUCCUCAGAGUCUUAAGCGGACCUUUACGAACAUUAGCUCGGCCAACAAUAUUCAACAGAACUCGGAGAUCUCUCCUCUCUUGGUCGUACAGCAAUGUCUCGAUUUGCUUGUGGAACUUUCGGGCAGGAACCCUCACAUUCCUUCCCUCUUCUUGACCGAGCAUGAAGGUAUCGCCGUCUCUCUAAAGCAGGCGCAUAACCGCAAGGGUAAAACCAAGGAUCUGAAGGUUCAUAAGUACGCCAUCAACUCCUUAUUGCAUCUCCUUGAUCGUGAUCUCGUCAUGGAGAGCUCUACUGUGAUGCAACUUCUCGUGGACCUUCUCAACAAAGUUACGCUCCCACUUCAGGCACUAGAGCGGCGCCGCAGGGAGGCCGAAGAAGAGGCCAGGAAAGAAGCAGAGAAGACAAAGGAGGGUGCAGAGCAGACCGAGAGUGCUCCCGCCACGACCGAAAACGCACAGGACUCUUCUGCUGCCCAGGCCGAGGCUCCGGCAGAGACAUCCUCUAAACCGGCAGAGGCAGCUGCGGACAAGCCGCAAUCCGAGCAGAAGAAGAUUCGACAGCUUCAGCCUCCAUUCAUCCCUCCAGAGAAUUUGAAGCUUGUGGUCAAGAUCUUUGUUGCUCGUGAAUGCAGCUCGAAGACUUUCCAGAAUACUAUCUCAACCAUCAAGAAUCUGUCCAACAUCCCUGAAGCAAAGCAGGCCUUUGGAAGAGAGCUCGUGAAGCAAGCUCAAUUGCUCAGCAAGAAUAUCGUGUCAGAGCUCGACGAACUCAUGCCGCACAUUUCAAAGGCAGAGUCUGGCACGGAGAUCCAGGGGCUGGCACUCGCCAAGUUCUCACCUGGCGCUUCAGAGCAGAACAAGCUUCUCCGCGUUCUUACUGCUCUUGAUCAUCUCUUCGAGACCAAGAAGGAUGAGAACCGUGACGCAGGCGAUGCGGCUGCGGCUGAUGAGAAGUCCAGCUUGCUCAUGACUCUUUACCACAACGAGACCUUCAACAAGAUGUGGGAGAAGCUGAGCGGUUGUCUUGCGGCUAUUCGCCAACGAGACAGCAUGUUGAACGUUGCCACCAUCCUUCUGCCACUCAUCGAAUCACUCAUGGUUGUUUGCAAGAACACAACACUUGAGGAUGGACCCCAGAGCAAGAGCCAGUUCAACAAGGACAUGGUCCUCUCCAGUCCACCGCCUGAGGACGCCAUGGCAGGAUUGUUCUUCACUUUCACCAACGAACACCGGAGAAUACUCAACGAGCUUGUGCGACAAAACAACAAGCUCAUGUCAGGCACAUUCUCUCUUUUGGUGAAGAACCCCAAGGUGCUGGAAUUCGACAACAAGCGCAGCUACUUCACCCGGACUGUGCAUGCUAAGCAGAGUGGCCAUACCCGGCCAUCCUACCCGCCACUGUCUGUCAACGUUCGACGAGACAAUGUUUUCCACGAUUCUUACCGGGCCCUUGCCUUCAAGUCUGAUGAUGAGGUCAAGUAUGGCAAGUUGAACGUGCGCUUCCACGGUGAAGAGGGCGUCGACGCCGGAGGUGUCACCAGAGAGUGGUUCCAGGUCCUGACUAGGGCUAUGUUCAACCCCGACUACAUCUUGUUCACUCCUGUGUCUGCUGAUCGCACGACCUUCCACCCGAACAAGUCCAGUCAUUACAAUGAGGAGCACCUGGCGUUCUUUAAGUUCAUCGGGCGAAUCAUCGGCAAGGCCGUCUACGAAGGGCGUCUGUUGGACUGCUACUUCAGCCGUGCCGUGUACAAGCGCAUCCUCGGCAAGCCCGUGUCUGUCAAGGACAUGGAAUCUUUCGACCCGGACUACUACAAAUCACUGGUCUGGAUGCUGGAGAACGACAUAACGGGCACAGUUAUUGAGACCUUCUCGGUCGAGGAAGACGAGUUCGGCGCGAGCAAGGUGGUUGACCUAAUCGAGAACGGCCGCAACAUUGAGGUGACCAACGAGAACAAGCACGAAUACGUCCGGCUCAUAGUAGAGCACAAGCUCCUAUCAUCCGUCAAGAUCCAGAUGGAGCACUUCUUGCAGGGUUUCCACGGCGUGAUUCCGGCAGACCUGAUUGCCAUCUUCAACGAGCAGGAGUUGGAGCUGCUCAUUUCUGGUCUUCCCGACAUCGACGUGGAUGACUGGAAGAGCAACACUGAGUAUCACAACUAUACAGCGGCCUCACAACAGAUCCAGUGGUUCUGGCGCGCGGUGCGCUCUUUCGACAAAGAGGAGCAGGCCAAGCUCUUGCAAUUCGUGACGGGCACGUCCAAGGUGCCGCUAAACGGCUUCAAGGAGCUGGAGGGCAUGAACGGUGUCAACCGCUUUAACAUCCACCGUGAUUACGGCAACAAAGACAGGCUGCCGAGCUCGCACACAUGCUUCAAUCAACUUGAUCUCCCCGAGUAUGAAAGCUACGAGGCUCUCCGCAGCCAGGUCAUCAAGGCCAUCACGACGGGUGGCGACUACUUUGGUUUCGCCUGA